AAUACAUCAUUUGUGAUUUAGACGCCGUGGAUUGCUAUCACUCCGAAAUUCAUUGUUUGAAAACAGAUAGAAAUUAGACGAUUUUCGACGGGCAAUCCAUUGGAACAAAAUGGCAAAACAUCAUCCAGAUUUGAUUUUCUGCCGUAAACAACCAGGUGUUGCCAUUGGUCGUUUGUGCGAAAAAGAUGACGGCAAAUGCGUUAUUUGCGAUUCAUACGUGCGACCAUGCACUUUGGUUCGUAUUUGUGAUGAAUGCAACUAUGGUUCGUACCAAGGAAGAUGUGUAAUUUGCGGCGGCCCUGGUGUUUCAGACGCUUACUACUGCAAGGAAUGCACCAUUCUCGAGAAAGAUAGAGAUGGUUGCCCAAAGAUUGUCAACCUUGGUAGCUCCAAAACAGACUUGUUCUACGAAAGAAAGAAGUACGGCUUCAAGCAAAGAUAAUGCGUUUUCUUUGAUCACAUCCACUGCACUCUUCUCGAAGUCCAAUUUCUCUCAUAAAUCCAAUUCUAAUUCCAAUGGAUGUAUCAAACAACAGAUUUUCAAUAAAUAAGGAAACAAAUAAUUUCAACCGAUUUCCAUAUUUGAUAAAAAUAAAUCCUUAAAAUAAAACAAAGAGAA